AUUUAUAUAUUUCUUGGAAAUUUGGUUUAAGAUAUCUUACAGUAAUUGAACCUGGCAUUAAUAAAACAAAUGUUGGCAAAAAAAUUAAAACUCUCUUCAUAUUUGGAAUGGAUAUAGCAACUUUUGUAGUUGUUGACAAGCCUAAAUAUGAUUUGGUUUUAGAUAAUUUAUAG